AUGGAAGGUAUCGACACCGCGAAACUUCAAGCGAUAUCAAUUCUUGGUCCUAAUAAAGAAGCCGAGGUCCUGCAAAGCUUCGUCCGCAUAGACAUCGGAGAUGAAGAGGAAGAACCUGCGGCCCCGAAGGCUUCCAUCAGCAAAAGAGCGCCGCCGUCCGCUGUUAAGAAACAUGAUGAUUCUGAAGGAGAUAAAGAUAUACCGGUCAAUGGAUGGAAAGAGAGGAAAGUGUCUAUUAAACCCAGGAAGAAGAGUGCUAAAAGAAAACAGAAACGCGAGAGGCGACAUCGCGAGGAAGAGUUGUAUACUGAUAAGGACAGAGCCGCAGCUGUGGUAAUGGGAUCGAAAGACAUCAAGCAGUCGCUCAGCCAGAAGGACAAGGCCGAGAGAAGCAGCGCGCUGCAGCUGCCGGCAGAGGCUGACGCGGGGACGCUGUUAGCGCUUGCACGGGCUGAAAUGAUGAGAGAGCGCUACCGAACUGCUUUAACGUUUGUAGAUAAGGCAAUCGAACUAGCACCGGAAGAGAAGGCAGCCUAUGUCGCCCGCAGCCAAUGUUACCUGCUUCUGGGCGAACCUCAUUCUGCUCUAGCAGACGCCGAAACAGCACUUAAAAUGGAUCCGAAGGACGCCAAGGCGCUUCUGCGGAAGGCUGAAGCGUUAUACUAUUGUGGAGAAUUCGAGCUUAGCUUAGUGCACUACCACAGGGGAUUGAGAACGAGACCUGACUUGUACGAGUUUAGGUUGGGAGUGCAAAAAGCUCAGGAGGCGAUAGAAAACACAAUCGGUUCUGUAAAACCGGUGAAGAAAAAGAAGACGUCGAAACGCUCCACGUCUAAAGCAUCGCGUCCCGUUCUCGGUCAACUCAUGUCCGACAAGUUGUACCUAGAGAACUUGCUCAAGAACCCCGACCUGGCCAUCGCGGACAAGAAAAACGAGGUCGUCAUGAAGCAGGCUGAAGAAGCAAUACGCUUCCUUGAGAACAGAGAAGAAUUUUGGAGACAGCAACAGACCGCUAAGCGACAUUAA